UAAAGGUAAGUCAACGCAUUUAUCCGAAGAAGCAUGUAGAAGGAACAAGAAGCUUUCUCUGUGUUAGGUUCUGUAUAAACCCAGAAACUCUCUGAGACUUCUGCAAAUUGUCCGAAACCGAAUCUUGAAACCCGCCAAAACCCACAUUAUAAAAACCCAACAGAAUCAUCAUCGAUCAAAACCAGAGACGAGAGAAAACGAGAACAGACAGAGAAAAAAAACCGAAAAAAAAGAACAGGACAGAGAAAACAGUGUUUUUGGAUUCUGAAAAUGGCUUUGGCACGUCUGGCUCUGAGAAACCUUCAGCAAAAGCUAUCUUCUUCUUCUUUGAUGGGUCAUGUCAGUGUCGGAGAGAGGAGUGUUGUCGGAAACCAACAGAACCAGAGGUGGAACAUGGAGGUUCUGAGGAGAUCCAUGGCUUCUUCGGCUGGGGAGCAAGAGAAAGGGAAAGGCACUGAAGUGAGAGUAUCUGAGAAGAAAUCUUCUCGUCUCUUCCCCAGGCGACGUGGCCGUAAAAGCCUCUGGCGAAGCACUUCAAACCGCGACUUCGUCCCCUCCAUCUACGAAUUCUUCCCAUCAGGGCUAGGAAACGCUCUAAUGGAGGCAACAGAGAACAUAAACCGCCUCUUGGACGGCAUGAACAUCAUCACACCAUCUCAGCUGAUGGGGAGAGUGAAGGAGGAAGACGACUGCUACAAACUGAGGUACGAGGUUCCAGGGUUGACCAAAGACGACGUGAAGAUCACAGUGGAAGACGGGAUCUUGAAGAUAAGAGGCGAACACAAGGCCGAGGAACAGGAAGGGGAUCCGGAGGAAGACGAAGAGUUCUGGUCGGAGAAGAGAUAUGGUUACCACAGCACGAGCUUGGCAUUGCCUGAAGAUGCAAAGGUCGACGAGAUCAAGGCUGAGAUCAAGAACGGCGUCCUGACCGUUGUCGUCCCGAAGAGCCACGUUCCGAAGAAAGACGUCAAGGAGAUCGCUAUUCACUAGAGAGAACGAGAAAAAGAGUUUUUUUUUAAUAAAAAAAAAAAAUCUGUGUUGUCCCUUGUAAGGGUUGUUACUUCUGUUUGGUCGUGUAACUGUUGGAUCGUUUCGAAUUGAAUAAGAUAUAACUUAUAUCUAA